AUCUGAACAUCCUGUACAAAGAAGCUUCAGCAGCUCCUCAUCACACUUUGAGACUUAAAGCUCCAACAUGAUCUUGCUCCUCUUCUUGUUCGGUCUGACUCUGGGUGCUCCUUCUGAGUCUCCUUCUGAUGACACUGAAGUAAAGCUCCAACUUGAUGACCGAGCAGUGAAGCUCCUGAGAGGAAACUGUCCCCCGUUCUGGUGGAGCUUCAACGGCCGCUGCUAUAAGUAUGUAGCUACACCAAUGAGCUGGUCUGAUGCAGAGUUCCACUGUUUGUCACAGGGAGCCAACCUGGUGUCUAUCCACAACAUGGAGGAAGAGAACUUUGUCAGACUCCUGAUCAGGAACUUUGACCAUGCUCAGAGAGACACUUGGAUUGGACUCAGUGAUGUCCACAAUGAGGGCAGAUGGAUGUGGUCUGAUGGCUCUGUGGCACGCUUUUUUAACUGGAAAACAGGCGAGCCAAACAAUGAUGGAGAAGAGGACUGUGUUACAAACAACUAUCAUACAGUUAAGAAGUGGAAUGACAACAAAUGCUCUUAUAGUCUUGCCUCUGUUUGUGUAAAACGCAAAGUCUGUGCUUAGAAAUUAGGAUACUAAUUCAGCAAGGACAUGCUAUGGUGACAUGCAUGGGGCAUCAUGAUACAGACAGUAAUGUAAACUUUUAUGUCUGUAUAUAAACAGCAUUUCACUGAACUUUAACAUGAAUGCUUAAUCAAUCAUACUGAAUAUUUACACACCUCUUAAUGAGCUCAAAAACCAAGUGAUAAUUUCUAAUAAGAAUGUAAAAUAAUUUUGGUAACAAACAUGUUCUGGUUAAAAGUAUUUGGAUAAUAUAAUCUUUUAUAUAAUUGUAUAAUUAUAUAAUAAUCUACAUGAUCACUGUACUGUUAGUUACAGAAGCUUUAUGAGGUUUUUUCAAGAUAAAACAAAACAAAACAAAGAAGUUACUAACAAAAUAUGAAAUUUAAUGAUCAGUACCUCUUUUGUGUUGUUAUAUGUAUAAACAGACUAUUGUAUAACAUGCAGCUAAGUCAAGUCAUGUUUCUGUGGAAAAAAGUACUUUUGUUUUGUAGCUACACCUGUCAGCAGCCACAGAUCACCGAAGCUCACUUAAAGAGACAAAGAAGGAAACCACACUUGUUGCUUAAUCACUCCAGAAAAAUAAAAAAUCUUCAAAUAGAUGAAGGUGCACAUGUUCUCCUUAAAGAUAAAGGCAGCAGUGGAGAGGUGAUUUUUUAAAUUUCAGAUUACUUGUAAAAUUAAAAGCCCCAAAGUAUGUUG